AUGCGUCGUCCGAGGAAGGUCACUCCCGCUGUUCCGGCCCCUGCCGCAGCGACGGACUCACCGGCUGAUGCCGCGUCCGCAUCCGAAGAGGAUGAGGAGUUCGGAGGAUUCGACUCCUCCGACGGUGAGGAGCCUUCGGGCACCGCACCGCCAUCGCCGGCAUCUUCGGAUGAUGAAGGUGAUGGCAAAAAGACUGCAAAGCCUUUGGCUCGCAGCAAGAACACGUCUGACGAAGUUGUUUUGAAUCGUCACGAAAAUCAGCAGUCACCAGUGCAGUUGCGCGAGGCCAUGAAAAUUCUGGGGGACUCGAAAUGUGGGGGCCAACGGAUUGUUGGUAUAAACUGA